UUUUUCAUUUCCUUCUACAUUAUGAGUUACAUUUUUGGACCUUUUACAAGAAAUAAUACAGAGAUCCUCAUAAAUAUAAUGCUAAUAUCCAUGCAAAAUAAUCUGGAUUUCAUGACUUUCAUGACAUAAGUAUUUAUGUUGACCCAUUCUGUUAAAAAAGCAGAGCUGUUGGUUGAGUAUGUAAAUGAUGUUAUGUAAAAAAGUUGAUGGAUGAGGAAUGUGUUCUUGCAGCUCGUUUUCAUUUACAGCUCCACCAUGAGUCUCCGAUACUUCCUCAUUUCUCAGGCAGUUUGUGUCACGCUUUGCAUCGGCACAGUCACAAUGUCGGUCCUCACAUGGUUUUCACCAACAACCUGGACUUUGCUGACUCUCGCUUUCACCCUGUUGCUCUUGUAUGGCAUUUGGCCUUAUCAUUUAUUCAAAAAGCUGGGAAUACCAGGACCAAGGCCUCUGCCUUUUGUUGGAACACUUCCAUACUUUAAAAAGGGGAUUUACAGCUUUGACCGUGAGUGCCAAGACAAAUAUGGAGACGUCUGGGGGUUGUAUGACGCUCGGUUACCAGUGCUAAUGGUGGCAGACCCUGAGAUCAUUAAGACUGUGAUGGUGCAGGAGUGCUACUCUGUGUUCACCAACCGCAGGGACACUCCUGCUAUGGGACCUGUGGCUGAUUCACUUACAUUUGUUAAAGAUGAAACGUGGAAACGGAUUCGGGCCACUGUAUCUCAAUGCUUCUCCAGUGGAAAACUCGAGCAGAUUUUUCCCACCGUGGCACCUUAUGCAGACAGACUCGUGGACAAACUGGGGCAACUAAAAGAGGAGGCACAUGUUGAUGUCAAACAGUUUGUGGCACCUUACGGUUUAGAUGUCGUGACCAGCGCUUCUUUUGGAGUCGAGGCAAACGCCCUGAAGAACCCCGAUCACCCUCUCAGUGUUCAUCUCAAGAAGAUCGUGAACUUCAAAGUUUGGCCUUUACUUCUACUAAAGAUAUUUCCAUUUAGUGUCCUUCUGUUUAAACUCCUGAACGUUGACGUGAUUCCCCGCCUCAGUGUGGAUUAUUUUUACGACAUCAUAAAGAGAUUUAAAGACCAGCACUGUGCAGAAGAUACGAGCGGAGCAAGCUUCCUGCAGGUGAUGAUGCAGAGCGAGAUUCCAAAGACGGAGAUAAAGAGCGAAGAGAAACAGCCGAGGAAAGGUUUGACUGAACAUGAGAUUCUUUCCCAGGCCUUCAUUUUCAUCUACGGCAGCUACGAGACCACCACCGUCACUCUCACGUACACACUGUACAAUCUCGCCACCAACCCCAAAGCCAUGCACAGCUUGUUGCAAGAAAUCGAUGCCAGCCUACCAAAACAUGCUCCAGUUUCAUACGAGGCCCUGCUCCGUCUGCAAUACCUGGACCAGGUCAUUUGUGAGACGUUGCGUUUGAUGCCUCCUUUGCCUCGGCUUGAGAGGAUGUGCAAAAAAACUAUCCAAGUCAACGACGUCACCAUCCCUGAAGGAACCUUGGUUGGGAUUCCCGUGUACGUGCUGCACAGGGAUCCUCGUUUCUGGAGCUCCCCUGAGCUUUUCAGACCGGAAAGGUUCUGUAAAGACAGUGGUGAGGAGGUGAACCCGCACGCGUACAUGCCAUUUGGCAUCGGGCCUCGCAACUGCGUUGGGAUUCGUUACGCUCUCCUCGUGGUGAAAAUGGCCCUUGUUCGUAUCCUGCAUGAUUACACUGUGCAAACAUGCAAUGACACGAUGUUGAUUUCCUUAAUUUAGAUUCCUUUGGAGUUUGACUGGAAGGCCCAGCCAACUCGGCCAAUAAAACUCAAGUUUGUUCCCAGGCAUUCGAGGGAAAAGAUCUCAACAUAAUGUGUCACUUCUCUUUCAUUAUUUAGCUUUUUUUUUUUAAAAUCACUUUACUUACAUAUCAUCUUGAAUGUUUCUCAUGUCCUGAUAUUUAAAUAUAUAUAUAUAUAUGUAUACAUACCAGGGUACUUAUAUAUAUAUAUAUAUAUACAUAUAUAUACAUAUAUAUCUAAGUACCCUGGUAAUGAGCUGUUCAUCUGAAUCAGGUGUGUUGGAGCAGGGCAACAUCUAAAACUGAGGACCAGGGUUGGGGAUCUGCUCUGUGGCACACUGUCACAACCCAGCUCAUACGCCACAACAGAAACACCAGUUUUAACUUAAGAAUAAUAUUAUUUUAAUAAAUAAUAUUAAAGAAAACACCAAAGUAACACUGAAUAUAACGAAAGCCCGACAGGUCACUGGGAGCCAGGUGCUCCCACUUGUGUUAAUUAACUCCGCCCACAUACCUGCGCUACAACUAACAAAUAAAAAAUACAGCAGGCCUUGCUGGAGCAGGAGGGCUGUGAAUGUGUUUUUUUUUUAAUCCCACACAAAGCUGAAACAGAAUAUACAAUAAAUUGUAUAUAAAAAAUCA